AUGACGACGCACCACCCGCGCCGACACCCCAUCAUCCUCAUCACAGGUACGCCUGGGACGGGAAAGACCCUUCACUCGAGUCUUCUGUCGGCCGAGAGCGACGGCGAGCUCGUCCACCUCAACAUUGGAGACAUUGUAAAGUUGCACGGACUGCACGAGGGCUGGGACGACGAGUGGCAGAGCUACACAGUCGACGAGGACCGACUGCUCGACCAUCUCGAGGAGAUUGUUAACCCGUCGUUGGGGCCCGCCGCGACUGGCUUCAUUAUCGACCACCACGACCCAGGGCUGUUUCCCGAGCGCUGGAUCGACCUGGCUGUCGUUCUGACCUGUGACAACAAGGUGCUGUAUGAGCGCCUGGAGGCUCGCAACUAUCCCCAGAAUAAGAUCACGGAGAACGUCACAGCAGAGAUCAUGAUGACCUGUGCCAACGAGACGCGCGAGAACUACGACGAGAACAUUGUCGUCGAGCUGCAGAGCGAUGGGUCCGGCGGCGAGAACGAGGUCGAGGACAACGUGCACCGCAUCACGCAGUGGGUGACGCAGUGGACCAACGACCGCGAGGCGGGCGUGCACGACGCUUAG